UUUUUUUUUUUUCCGCCGAAGCCGAGCGGGUGCUGCUAGCGGAGGCGCCAUAUUGGAAGGGACAAAACUCCGGCGACAGCGAGUGACACAAAUAAACCCCUGGACCCCCUCGCUCCCCCAGCUCUGAGGGCCGCGAUGUUGUACCUAGAGGACUAUCUGGAAAUGAUUGAGCAGCUUCCAAUGGACCUGCGGGACCGGUUCACAGAGAUGCGCGAGAUGGACCUGCAAGUGCAGAAUGCAAUGGAUCAACUAGAACAAAGAGUCAGUGAAUUCUUCAUGAAUGCAAAGAAAAAUAAACCGGAGUGGAGGGAAGAGCAAAUGGCAUCCAUCAAAAAGGAUUACUAUAAAGCUUUGGAAGAUGCAGACGAGAAGGUACAGUUGGCAAACCAGAUAUAUGACUUGGUAGAUCGACACUUGAGAAAGCUGGAUCAGGAACUGGCUAAGUUUAAAAUGGAGUUGGAAGCUGAUAAUGCUGGAAUUACAGAAAUAUUAGAGAGGCGAUCUCUGGAAUUAGAUACUCCUUCACAGCCAGUGAACAAUCACCACGCUCACUCACAUACUCCAGUGGAAAAAAGAAAAUAUAAUCCAACUUCUCACCAUACGACAACAGAUCAUAUACCUGAAAAGAAGUUUAAAUCUGAAGCUCUUUUGUCUACCCUAACAUCAGAUGCAUCUAAGGAAAAUACGUUAGGUUGUCGAAAUAAUAAUUCUACAGCCUCUUCCAACAAUGCUUACAAUGUAAAUUCGUCCCAGCCUCUGGCAUCCUAUAAUAUUGGCUCCUUAUCUUCAGGAACUGGUGCAGGGGCAAUUACCAUGGCAGCAGCUCAAGCAGUUCAAGCUACAGCUCAGAUGAAAGAGGGACGAAGAACAUCAAGUCUAAAAGCCAGCUAUGAAGCAUUUAAGAACAAUGACUUUCAGCUGGGAAAAGAGUUUUCCAUGCCCAGGGAAGCAGCUGGCUAUUCCUCAUCUUCAGCACUCAUGACUACGCUGACACAGAACGCCAGUUCAUCAGCGGCAGACUCACGGAGCGGGAGAAAGAGCAAAAACAACAACAAGUCUUCAAGCCAGCAGUCAUCCUCAUCCUCCUCCUCUUCCUCCUUAUCAUCGUGUUCUUCCUCAUCGACUGCUGUACAAGAAAUUUCUCAACAAACAACAGUUGUGCCAGAAUCUGAUUCCAACAGUCAGGUUGAUUGGACUUAUGACCCAAAUGAACCACGAUACUGCAUUUGUAAUCAGGUAUCCUAUGGUGAGAUGGUGGGUUGUGAUAACCAAGAUUGCCCCAUAGAAUGGUUCCAUUAUGGAUGUGUUGGGUUGACAGAAGCACCGAAAGGAAAAUGGUACUGUCCACAGUGCACUGCUGCAAUGAAGAGAAGAGGCAGUCGGCACAAAUAAGGGUGGUCGUUUCACUUGAGGAAGAAAAAAACUUCACCAUUUUAUGUAGGACUUUAAAAAAGAAGAAAAGAGAAAGAAGAAACAAUGCAUUGCCAGGCAACCACUUAAAGGAUUUACAUAGACAAUCCUAUAAGAUCUCGAACUUGAAUUUUAUGGGUUGUAUUUUAAUAAUGUAAGUAAAUUAUUUAUGCACUCCUGGUGUGCUCUGAAUAUGAUUCCAGUUAGCCUUGGAUUAUUUCAGUGGCCAACAUAUGCAGACAUUUGUACUCCUCAACCAUUUUCUCCAAGUAAUGGGCAUUCUAUAAUUUAGACUUCAGAGAAUUCCAACGAUGAAGAUUUUAAGAAAAGUAUUUUAUAUUCAACAGGUAUGUUCUGCUGCAUGUACUGUACUCCAGAGCUGUUAUGUAACACUGUAUAUAAAUGGUUGCAAAAAAAAAAGUCAGUGCUUCUAAAAAGAAUUUAAGAUAAUGGUUUUUUAAAUGCCUUUAUAAUAAGCUUUGUUUCUAUGUGAAACUAAAUUCAGCGGGCUGAAGGAAAUGGUUCAUGUGAUAAAGUGGGCUGGUGUCCUCUAGAGUACCUGGGUACAUAAACAGAAAUUCCUGUAGGUAAAAACUAAUCUGUGCCAUUAGUCUUUAUAUGUUCCUGCAUCCAGAUAGAGUGCAGUUCAUGAGGGUGGGAGGGGGAGGGGCUGAGGGGAAAGGGUGUUAAAGUGAUACAUUUUUAUACCAAAUGUGUUUAUUUUUUUGUGCAAGUAAUCCUUAAAAUUGGAAUUGUAUUAGGUGUUAAAAUAAAGUUUUUAAAAAAUUACUUGUAUUUAUACUUUACACACUUAAUAAUGAAAAUUUCUCAAUUCCAACUAACUUCCAAUUUUCAUAAUCUAAAAAGGACAGAGGCCCAGGACACAGAAUGCUGCAUAAUCUGUUAUUUCUUUAAUAAUGCUUGGAAUUUGUGAUAUGAAAAUAAGCGAAAGACAUUUUUAAUGUAAAUUUGAAAUGCAAAUGUAUUUUUCUAGAACAUCUCCCUGACUUUUCCUUCAGUCUAAGGGACAUGAAAGAAGUCUAAUUACAGCAGAUAAAAUGAAAAUAAUGGUUAUAGUUGUUUUGACUUGAGGCAGUGUGGCCAAUUUAAGUAAAGAGAACCCUUGGAUUGGAGCUUAAAAUUCAGUUCUCUUUUUGAUUCUACCACAUGUUGGUAUGACAGUUAAUUCACAUCUUUAAUCACUCUGGAGCUUAUUAAACCAGGGUGAUGCU